AAAUUAACCAAUCUUCAGUUAAUAUCACCUCUACUGAAACGGAAAAAUCUAAUGAUGAUAUAGCAUCUAAUAUAUCUGAUAAUGCUUCAAAUUCUGAUAUUUCUGAACAGGUAGAAAAUAUAGUCUCACAAAGUAAGGAUGCGCCGGCAUCGGAAGACGAGAAAAUGGAUGCUUUCUUGAAUGAGGUGCAUAAGAAAAAGGUUAACGACGCAAUUAAGCAGAGAAAUUGGGAAAAGAAACUUCAAGCCCAAGAAUCCCAUCCUGAAAAGAAAAUGCCUCAAGAGCUCAACUCGGUUAUUCAACCAUGCAAUAAUUUAACACCCGAAGUCAGUGAAAACGUCGACCUAGGUUCGCUCAAGUGUCCUACCUCUGAUGCAGUGAUCUAUGAUCAAAAGAGAGUUGCCGGGGAAAAUGAUAAAGAUUCGAAAUUAUCAGAAGUUGAGAUAAAUACAUCUACUAAAUCUAUUCCUACUGAUUCAGAAAAAUUACCAAAUACUGAAGCAAGUGUACCAUCCCCAUCCUAUGUAAAUAUAUCUAACAAAUUCCGACCUUCAAUUUCUGUCUUACCCGAUGAUCUGAAAGAGAAAAAAAAACAUGUUAUCAAAAUGGCAUUGGAACAGUUUCCCAUUUUAUCUUUGAAAUAUAGUAAUGAAUCUGGUGAUUAUUUUAACAGUUCAGUAUCCUGCUCUUUAUGCAAUAAAGAUCAUAAAAAAGAAAAUAUAAGAGAUAAUAUAAAGGGUGAAUGA